ACCUCCCAGGCAGCUGUCUCUAUUAAAGUUGCUCCAGUCUGCACACUUCCCUAUUGAGUGAGUUCCUCUGCAAAGAUGAAGUUCGUUUACUUUUACUUGCUGAGCUCAAUUGUACCAGCUUUUCAUAAUGCUGGGGCAGUGGAAGAUAAAGCAGAGGAAACAAAAGAUGAAAAUUUUGCUACUACUUGUCCUGUGAGGCUGGAAGCAACUGGACAAUGUAAGGAAGGGGAAGAGUGCUCUUACCAGAUGAACCUGCCUUCCCUGACCAUCCAGCUACCCAGGUCAUUUAGCAUGAUUGAACAGGUAUUCAAAGAAGUUCAGAAUCUCAAGGAAACUGUAAAUAAUCUGAAGAAAUCUUGCCAAGAAUGUAAACUGCAAGCUGAUGAUAACCAAGAAAUGGGAAGACACGAACCACUGCAGCCUAACACAAAAGCUCCUGAAAAGGAGAAUGACAACAGAAUUAAGGAAUUAGAGAGUGAAGUUAACAAACUGUUUUCCAACCUGAAGGAUGCAAAAGAUGAAAUUAACUCACUUCAUGGUCGCCUGGAGAAUCUCAACCUGGUAAAUAUGAACAACAUAGAAAAUUAUGUUGACAGCAAAGUGGCUAAUCUGACAUCUGUGGUGAACAGCUUGGAUGGCCAAUGUUCAUCUAGGUGUUCAAACCAGUCGGGACAGAAUGAAGCUUCUGCAAAUAUUCAACAACAUCUAAUAUACAAAGACUGUUGGGAUUAUUAUGGGAAAGGCAGAAAGAGCAAUGGAAUCUACCAAGUUACACCUGAUCCAAGAAAUAAGAGCUUUGAAGUUUAUUGUGACAUGCAAACCAUGGGUGGAGGAUGGACAGUAAUACAGAAGCGUCUAGAUGGAAGUAUUAACUUCAACAGAACGUGGAAGGACUACAAGAAAGGCUUUGGAAACCUUAGCAGGGAGUUCUGGUUAGGUAAUGACAACAUUCACCUUCUGACCAAGAGUAAGGAAAUGGUCCUUAGAAUUGAUCUUGAAGAUUUUAAUGGUGUCAAGUUGUAUGCUCUGUAUGAUCAGUUCUAUGUGGCCAAUGAAUAUCUCAAGUACCGUUUACAUAUUGGUAAUUAUAGUGGAACUGCUGGAAAUGCUCUGCAUUUCAACAAACAUUAUAACCACGACCUUAAAUUUUUCACCACCCCAGACAAAGACCAUGAUAGGUAUCCUUCUGGAAACUGUGGACUUUACUACAGUUCUGGUUGGUGGUUUGAUGCAUGUUUGUCUGCAAACUUAAAUGGCAAAUACUACCACCAAAAAUACAAGGGUGUUUUUAAUGGCAUUUACUGGGGUACCUGGCCUGGCAUGACUAAUGGUGAACCAAAUGGCUUUAAGCAUUCUUUCAAGAGGGCAAAAAUGAUGAUUAGACCAAAAUUACUUGCACCAUAAGUUACUACUCAUUCUACCAGGUUUUCAUCUAGUUAUUUUCCUCAGCAUUUUCCCUUCCUUCCCCUCUUUUCCCCUUCUCCUCACUUCCCUUCCCUUUUGCAAUAAAUGCCACCUAUUUACAAUUUGAUAUUUUCUCCCAGUUAAUCUUAAAACAAUCUUUCCAUAACCAAAAUAUAUAUCUCAAGCUAAUGAGUUUAAAGCAGACGUAAUAUUUUAAAUAAGACAGAAUGACAGUAAUAACUUCUUGUGAAAGUCUUAAGUCUUUUUGUUGUUGCUAUUAUCCAAAUGUACACUUACAAACGAUGGUGUUUAUAUUUUAAUUCAAUUAUGUUUAUAAUUCUAUUAAUCAAAAGAAAUAUUCCUUUUGUAGAGAUAGUGCCAUUUAUUAGUUUUAUUUCUGACAAUUGCAACUCUUAAUUUUUUCAUCCAAAUGACCUGUUUUAACACAAGUAAGCUAUGCCUGGGUAUAAGCUAGACACUUAGGGUGCACAAACUUUUUCAAGUCAUAAGUUACACUGUUAUAAAACUGAAUAAACUGUGAUUCUGCUA